UGUUAUGAGGGCUUCCUCUGUUUCUCUGGCACACUGUGUCUCUGGCAGCGCACCUUCCACACUGAUCCCAGCUGGCAGUCUGGUGUCUCCUUGUCAUAGCCCUGCAGGGACAGUCUGCCAGUGUUUCUAGUUGCUUAGAUUUGAUAGGUUUCAGCGAUGGAUUGCUUCUAUGUCACAAGUGCCUGUGAUCUGACAAGGAAACCAACACCAGGAAGCCACCAUGGAGCCCACUAAGCAGGUCCGGGUUCUGUUCCUUAAUGACAUGGAGAAGUUGGAGAAAAGACUCUUUCGGCUCGAGCAAGGGUUUGAGCUUCAAUUCCGGUUGGGACCCACCCUACAAGGGAGAGAUGUCACGGUGCACACCAACUACCCGCCACCUGGCGGUACCUUUGAUCGGCAGACCUUCUAUCCUCUGCCGUGGCACAACCCAAGUGGCCGGGAGGAGGAUUCCGACAAGUUUUGUAAAAUAGAUUUGAAGAUUGCUGGAUCAUUUCAGUAUCAAUUCAAUCUAUCCAAACAGAGCAGUGGUGACGGUUACAUCAUAGUGGAUCCGGUACUGAGAGUCGGAGCUGAUAACCAUAUCCUUGCCUUGGAUUGCAUCACCAUUCAGACUUUCCUGUCCAAGUGCUUGGGGCCGUUUGAUGAGUGGGAGGACAGGCUGAGGGUAGCCAAGGAGUCAGGCUACAAUAUGGUGCAUUUUACACCCUUGCAGACACUGGGUACUUCUCGAUCUUGUUAUUCGUUGGCCGACCAGUUGAAACUAAAUCCAGACUUCUCUAGACCUGGAAAGACCUAUAACUGGAGUGAUGUUGGGAAACUGGUGGAAAAGAUGAGGAAAGAAUGGAAUAUGCUGAGCAUCACUGACGUUGUGUAUAACCACACAGCGUCUAACAGCAAAUGGCUUCACGAACACCCAGAGUGUGGCUUCAACCUUGUAAACUCACCACAUCUUAAGCCAGCGUGGCUUCUAGACCGAGCGCUAUGGCACCUGACCUGCAGUGUGUCAGAUGGAAAGUACGCUGCCCGAGGACUUCCAGCACUAAUCCAAAAUGACCAGCAGCUAAAUAAUAUCCGUGGCAUCCUAUGGGAGGAAAUAUUCACUAAACUCAAACUCUGGGAGUUUUACCAGGUCAAUGUGGCUAAGGCUGUUGAACAGUUCAGAGCCCUGCUCACAUCUCCAGGUGCACAGAAGCAGGUAGCAAAAUCUGAUAAAAAACAGCUAGUAAUUAUCCAGGACCUGCAAUAUAGACGCUUUGGAAGCACUGUGGAUAUGGACACAGCUCUAAGCACGUUCAUACCAAACAGUAAUGGGCCAGCAGCUAUAGAAGAAUGUUGCACUUGGUUCCGCAAGAGGCUUGAAGAACUGAAUGCGGAGAAACACAGGCAGACGAACUUCCACCAUGAACAGGCAGUGAAUUGCAUUUUGGGGACCAUGACGUAUGAACGGUUGGCAAAUCAGGGUCCAAAGCUUGGAGCUGUCACAAGGAAAGAUCCAAUUGUCACCAGUUAUUUCACUUUCCCAUUUGGAAAUAUGUCCUUAGAAGAGGAGGAGCCACUUAUGCACCAGCCAGAGAAAGGAUGCUACUUCCUGGCACACAACGGCUGGGUCAUGGGGGAUGAUCCUUUGAAGAAUUUUGCUGGACCGGAUUCCAAUGUGUACCUGCGCAGAGAGCUUAUUUGCUGGGGGGACAGCGUAAAGCUGCGCUAUGGUGACAAGCCGUCAGACUGUCCGUAUCUGUGGGAUCACAUGAGGAAAUACACAGAAAUCACUGCCACGCACUUUCAUGGAGUUCGUCUUGACAACUGCCAUUCUACCCCUAUUCACGUUGCUGAGGAAAUGCUGGCCGCAGCCCGGUCAGUCAGACCCAAUCUUUAUGUGAUUGCGGAGCUCUUCACAGGCAGUGAAUAUAUCGACAAUGUGUUUGUCAACCGCCUGGGGAUAACCAGCCUCAUUCGAGAGGCCAUGAGUGCAUACAACAGUCACGAGGAAGGCCGGCUGGUGUAUCGCUAUGGCGGUGAACCGGUGGGAUCCUUUGUGCAGCCUUCCCUCAGACCACUGGUCCCUGGAAUUGCCCAUGCCAUGUUUAUGGACGUCACACAUGACAAUGAGAGUCCCAUUACACAUCGAUCUGCAUAUGAUUCAUUGCCUUCUUCAGCUAUUGUGUCUAUGGCAUGCUGUGCGACUGGGAGUACCAGGGGGUAUGAUGAACUGGUGCCACACCAGAUUUCUGUGGUGUCCGAGGAAAGAUUUUACACUAAGUGGAACCCCAAUGUGGCUGUCCCCAGCACUGGAGAGGUAAAUGCCCGUAGCGGAAUCAUCGCUGGGAAGAAAGCUUUGAAUAAACUCCACCAAGAGCUGGCAGCCCGUGGAUUCAUUCAGGUCUAUGUGGAUCAAGUAGAUGAAGAUAUUGUAGCAGUUACCCGUCAUUCUCCCCAUACACACCAGUCAGUGGUUUCCGUGUCCAGGACAGCUUUUAGAGAUCCUAAAACUUCUUUCUACAGCAAGGAGGUUCCACAGAUGUGCAUUCCAGGAAAAAUAGAAGAAGUAAUCCUAGAAGCCCGGACAGUGGAGCGAAGCGCAGAGCCGUACGAGCAGGAUAAGCAUUUUAUUAAUGGCUUGCCACAAUACACAGUAGAGAUCAGGGAACACAUUCAGCUCGAAGAUAGUAAAAUAGUCAGACAAGCUGGAGUGACAACAAAAGGACCCAAUGAGUACGUCCAAGAAAUAGACUUUGAGAACUUGACUCCAGGAAGUGUAAUUAUAUUCAGGGUGAGCUUGGAUCCCAGUGCCCAGAAAUCUGUGGGCAUCUUGCGCAAUCAUUUGAUCCAGUUCCGGCCACAUUUCAGUUCAGGCAGUCUGGAAGACGACCAACAAUAUCCAAUCUUGACGGUUCCAUUUGAAACGAUUGCAUCUAAGCUGUCUUUGGCUGACCUGAACCAAGUACUAUAUCGCUGUGAUGCAGAGGAGCAGGAAGAUGGGGGUGGUUGUUACAACAUACCAAACUGGACCCCUUUAAAAUAUGCGGGUCUGCAAGGUUUAUUAUCUGUCAUGGCUGACAUGAGACCUAAAAAUGAUUUGGGACACCCAUUUUGUGAUAAUCUGCGUUCUGGAGAUUGGAUGAUUGAUUACAUCAGCGAUCGCCUUAUUGCUCGUGGAGGACCAUGUGCAGAUGUGGGCAAAUGGUUUGCAGCAAUGUUCUCUUACUUGAAGCAGAUUCCACGUUAUCUGAUUCCAUGCUAUUUUGACGCUAUUUUGGUGGGAGCAUACACAACCCUUUUGGAAGCGGCUUGGAAACAAAUGUCCAGCUUUGUACAGAACGGGUCUACCUUGGUGAAGCACUUGGCUCUGGGAUCGGUACAGAUGUGCGGAGUCGGACGAUUUCCUGCCCUUCCUGUCCUGUCACCUUCUCUAACCGAUGUGCCAUACCGUACCAACAACAUUACACAAGAGAAGGAGCAGUGUUGUCCCUCAUUAGCAGCUGGUCUUCCUCAUUUCUCUUCUGGAAUCUUCCGCUGCUGGGGCAGAGACACUUUUAUAUCCCUGAGGGGCUUGCUGCUGAUCACUGGACGGCACAUCGAGGCUAGGAACAUUAUUUUUGCAUUUGCCGGCACUCUGAGGCAUGGGCUGAUCCCCAACCUUCUUGGCCAAGGCACCUACGCCCGAUAUAACUGCCGAGAUGCUGUGUGGUGGUGGCUACAAUGUAUACAAGAUUACUGCAACAUUGUGCCUAAUGGCAUAUCCAUACUGAAGUGUCCCGUCUCCAGAAUGUACCCCAAGGAUGAUUCUACUAAUUUGCCUGCUGGACAAGUGGAUCAGCUCCUGUAUGAGGUUAUCCAAGAAGCCUUGCAGCGCCAUGCACUAGGUAUCAACUUCAGAGAAAGGAACGCAGGGCCCCAGAUUGACAGGAACAUGAGAGAUGAAGGUUUUAACAUCAGUGCUGGGGUUGAUCCAGUGACUGGCUUUGUGUAUGGAGGGAACCGACUGAACUGUGGGACAUGGAUGGACAAAAUGGGGGAAAGUGAAAGAGCCCGAAAUAAAGGAAUCCCAGCCACACCAAGGGAUGGCUCUGCUGUGGAGAUUGUCGGCCUAAGCAAAUCAACUGUGCGCUGGCUAAGGGACUUGCAUCAGCAGGAUGUAUAUCCAUACAAAGGAGUCACAGUCCAGAGGGAAGGAAAAGAGGUGCUGUAUACGUUUAAUGAGUGGAAUCAGCACAUACAAAAUCACUUUGAAAGAUAUUUCUACGUCUCUGAGAACCCUUCUGAUCCAAACGAACAACGUCCAGACCUGGUUCACAAGCGCUGUAUUUAUAAGGAUAGCUAUGGAGCCUCUAGUCCCUGGUGUGAUUACCAGCUCCGGCCAAACUUCCCUAUUGCCAUGGUGGUGGCUCCGGAGCUCUUCACACCUUCCAACGCAUGGAAAGCUCUUGAAGUUGUAGAGAAGAAAUUGAUGGGACCUUUAGGAAUGAAAACGCUUGAUCCAGAUGACAUGGUUUACUGCGGAGUAUAUGACAAUGCUCUGGAUAAUGAUAAUUAUAACGUUGCAAAAGGAUUUAAUUACCACCAGGGACCGGAAUGGCUCUGGCCCAUCGGGUAUUUCCUGCGUGCCAAGUUGCACUUUGCUAAGUUGAUAGACCAGGAAACCUACCAGAAAACCGUGGUGUUAGUGAAGAAUGUACUGUCGCGUCACUACACACAUCUGGAGAGAUCCUCCUGGAAAGGCCUUCCUGAACUAACCAACGAGAAUGGUCAGUACUGUCCGUUCAGCUGUGAGACACAAGCCUGGUCCAUAUCUGUAGUGCUCGAGGUCCUACAUGACCUGUAGACCACUCCACCCUCAUGUCUUGUUUUACUGUAAGAAGAAGCUGGAUGAAGUGGUCACGAGCACUGGAGGAACUACAAGUAUAUGCAAGCACCUGACCUCAACGUGAUGUGACAACACUUACCACAGGGAUUAGUUAUAUGUUCUUCACUGAAGCAGAUAUCUUUGUGUGAAAUGCUUGUUUACUUUGCACGUAACCCAUGUCAGUCCUGCCGUCACCAUAUUGCACAGUGCUUUGUGAGGGUUUCUGUUCUUAACGAUGUAAAUACAGUCAUCAGAUUCCUGGUCGCAAUGGUGCUGCGGUAGAAGCUCUCGUGUGAUUAGGUAGGAGUGCCUGGACGAUACUAAAUUAGCUAGAAUUAUAAUUGUCAAGUAUUACACUGUAUGACGGGGGUCAGGCAUUAGCAAAAUCCAUUUUUAAUGUCGAGGAGACGUGCAUGAAUAGAAGUGCAGAUUUCAGUGGGGUCGGAGGUAUCCAUUUUAAGUAUGAUAACAUCAUAUUUACUUGAGUCUGUUACCAAGGAAAGUAUAUGACGGUCUUCCUGAUCAUAUCAUCGUAGUGUGGAAUGUGUGAGAUGCUGCUUGGUGUUUACUUUAGAUAUGAUUGUUUUAACCGUAAACCUGUGCAAUAAAGCCUAUACUGUUA